AUGGCCGACACUACUGAGCAGCAGCCCCAGCUGGUUGACGAGACUCCCAUCUCGCCCAUUCGCCCCAACCAGGAACGGAGAAACUCCCUUGAGGACCACCUCAAGCACCGCCCCGAUCGUGCCGAGCUCGUCGAGAAAAACAUCCUCCCAGCCUCGACCGCGGCGCCAGGCCUCCUGGCGCACCAGAAGGAGCCCCACCACGCGCAGCUCCAGAAGCACAUGCUCGAGGACAAGCUCAACGACAAGAUCUCGCACCGCCCAGACCCCGAGGCCCUCAUCAAGAAGGACAUUUUGCACGAUGACCCUCGCACCACGGGUCAGGACGAGGCUGCCAAAAAGUACGAGGAGGCCAUCGAGGACGAGUAUGCCAAGCGCGAGGGUGGCGCCUGA